AUGUCAUAUCCAGACUUUGUAUGGUUUCUUCUCUCAGAAGAGGACAAGAAACAUCCAAGAAGGUGUGAUCUUCUUAAACGACUCUACUCUACAAUGACGUUUACACUCAUUAAAACCUUUUUAUUCUUAAUCUUACUAUUUCUCUCUCUCUCUUUUUUUCCUUUUAAGUAUUGAGUACUGGUUCCGCUGUAUGGAUGUGGACGGUGAUGGUGUCCUGUCGAUGUACGAGUUGGAAUAUUUUUACACAGAGCAGGUAUCCAAGAUGGAUGCUCUUGGUAUAGAGACAAUGGUGUUUCAAGAUUGCCUCUGUCAGGUAUGGGUAUUAAUAGUUUGGGCCAUUCAAUUUCAAAGUCACCCCCCCAAAAAUUUCAAA